GGCAAGGUAGGAAAAGGAGACAAUAAGAGAAGUGAUUAGUGAGUAAAAAAAAAUAACAUUGAUGAAAAGAGAUUAACGACCAAUAAGGAAACAUUAGCUUGUGCGAAAAAUGCAAAAAUAUAUAUUCCACAAUUGUUCUUUUAUAGAUCCCAAAAACACUUGAUGAUGAUGAUUGACAGGUGACGCUUGUCGACGUCUCCCUCACUGUCACUGCAAAAAAAGCUGUUUCAUCUCCCACCUUCCUGGUUCCUCUGAACCCUCCCAGCUCAUUACUCCCACUAACCAGAGGACUACGUUUGGAUCCUCUCCCCUCAGUCAAGACAGCAAAGAAUGGCACAGCGUCACACACACUGCUGAGAAUGGAUUCCCCUCCAGAGUGUGUGUUGGCCCUGUCGUGUGAGCAGCCCCCCUCCCCGUCCACACUGCCCUCCCUGGACCACAGCCCCCUGGCUCCCUCCUCCCCCACCACCACCACCAACCCCCCCACCCCCCCUGGCAGGCAGGGGCCCCUGUCCCUGCCCGCCAGCCCCCUGCUCCCCCUGCACACCCCCGGGGCCUCCCCCCUGGGCUCCGACGCCGCCCACUACUUCCCCCUCUCCCCCUUCCCCUCCUUCCCCCCCGACGACCAGCUCCUCCUCCUUCGCCACCACGACGACGACGACGAAGACGAGGAGGAGGAGGAGGAUGAGGACGACGGAGACCCCCUCACAGCGGAGGGGAUGGAGCUGCAGGGGGGCCCCCCGUCGUCCCCCACCCCCGCCGUGGCCCUCUUCCCGGGGGAGGGAGGAAGAGGCGCGCAGGAGGCCCUCGGCGGGCCCGGUCCGGAGGAGAGCUCCCCCCCGGACGUGGCCCGCACGGCCCCCCAGCUCCUGGGCUUCGGGGCCCUGGAGCUGGCCCUGGCCUCGGGGCAGAGCGGGGGGGCCGGGGGCCUGGGCUGCAGCAGCGACGAGCUGGACCUCCAGCUCUUCCAGAAGGACGCGAGCGGCGCCCACCCCAGGGUGACGCCCGCGGCGGGCGGAGCGGGGGCCUCGCCGGGCCCCGCCCUCCGGUUCCCGUGCCUGGUGUGCGGCAAGAGGUUCCGCUUCCAGAGCAUCCUGUCGCUGCACGCGCGCGCCCACAGCCUGGACCGCGAGCGCCGCGCCGCCCCGCUGUACCGCGCCGGGCUCCCCCCGCCGCCGCCGCCGGCGGCCCCCCUCAAAGCCCACCUGACCCAGAACCACCAGGGGGUCCACGACCAACGGCCGCCCCCACCGAGCCCCUCCUCCGCCCUCAUCCAGCACCUCCGCGACCAGGCGGAGCCCGACGACACGGAGGUCCUACGCAACGACAAGAGCUGCCUCUUGGGGGGCGCUGACAUCACACCCCUGACCCCCCCGCUGACGGAGGACGCCGUCACCUCGCCGUACUCCUCCGCCGCCGCCGCCGCCGCCGCCGCCAGCUCCUUCCGCUGCCACGCCUGCAAGGGCAAGUUCCGCACGGCGUCGGAGCUGGCGCGCCACGUGCGCAUCCUGCACAGCCCCUACAAGUGCUCGCUGUGCCCCUUCUCCGCCAGCCGCGAGGACGACCUCGCCGCCCACCUGCGGGAGUGCCACCCGGCCCCGGCCCCGCCCCUCCACCGCCCGCCCUCCCCCGCCGCCUACGGCGCCCGGCCCGUCGUGGCCGCCGCCCCCGACACGCCCCUACCCACCCCGACGCCCACCCCCACACCGACGCCCACGCCCCAGGUGUCGACGGUGGUCGCCGCGGCGCCGGCGGUGGUUGCCGCGGCGGCGGUCGCCACGGCGCCGGCCACGCCCGCCCUGCCGGCGUUCCGCUGCGACACGUGCGGCCAGCGCUUCACCCAGUCGUGGUUCCUGAAGGGACACAUGCGCAAGCACAAGGACUCCCUGGACCACAAGUGCCAGGUGUGCGGCCGUGGCUUCAAGGAGCCGUGGUUCCUCAAGAACCACAUGAAGGUGCACCUCAACAAGCUGGGCCUGAAGGCCGGCCUGGGGGGCCUCGGUGUGAGCGUGGCGGCGGGCCUGGACCCCUCCGCCGCCGGCGCCGUCAGCGGCCAGUCCCUCAACGCCCUCUACUCCAGCCUGCUGCUGGCCCAGCGCCGGGGGGCCGCCGGCGGCGGCGGGGGCCGGGGGGCCAGGGGCCGGUCGGAGCGCGACCACGGAGGGCGGGGCUCGGUCCCGGGCUCCGGCAAGUCGGCCAUCCUGGGGUACCUGGGGCUGCCCAUGGACGGGGGCGGGGCCAGCUGCAUGGAGCGGCUGCAGGCCGUGGCGCAGGUGGCCGAGAUGGGCGGCGUGAGCGACCCGGGAGGGCGGCCCGGCGGGGUCACCAUGGAGACGACGGCCGCCGCAAUGGCGGCGGCGGCCGACGGCGGCGACCAGGUGGCCAUGUGGCAGCUGGUGGCCCGCAGCCUGCUGGCGGCGCAGCAGGCCCAGCAGAACCAGCAGAACCAGAGGAGCCAGCAGCAGCAGAGCCAGAGGGCCCAGAGCCGGAGCUCCGCGCUGGGGGACGCCGACCAGGUCAGGGCCUACCUGGGCGGGCUGGGCCCCAGGCAGGAGACGGCGGCCUCCGCGGGGGCCGGGGCCGGGGCCGGGGCCGGCGGGGGGCCCUGGGAGUGCCCCGACUGCGGGAAGCUCUUCAGGAGCCUGCAGCAGGUGGUGGUCCACGCCCGCGUCCACGUCCAGAGACCCCAGAAGGGAGGAGGAGGAGGAGGAGGAGGAGGAGGAGGAGGGCUCGGUGGAGAGGAGGGCGCUGGGAGCGGGAGAGCGACAGGACGGAGUGGAGGAGGAGCAGGAGGAGCAGGAGGAGGAGCAGGAGGUCGAUCCAAACCCCCCAGCGCCGGACCUCGACAGACAGGGUCCGCUGGAGGAUUCCACCCGGCCAUCUCCAGCCACCACGCGGGUGAGAACGGCCUGCCGGUGGCCCCCCCCGUGGCCAGUGGUGGCGGCUCUGCAUCCCGGGAGCGCGUGCGGGGUUCGGGGGUAAAAGACUGCCCCUACUGCGGUAAAGCCUUCAGAUCCUCACACCAUCUCAAAGUUCACCUGAGGGUUCAUACGGGCGAGAGACCCUACAAGUGCCCCCACUGUGACUACGCCGGCACCCAGUCGGGCUCCCUGAAGUACCACCUGCAGAGACACCACCGCGAGCAGCGCAACGCCCUCUCCACCUCCUCCUCCUCCUGCACCUCCUCCUCCUCCUCCGCCUCCUCCAACAACUCCCCCACCAUCGUCAACACCAUGGCCCCCUCCGGCGCCGCCGCCCCCCCCCGCCGGGACGGCCCGGGCAAGCAGGGCCGCUCCCAGAACCACCAGGGGGGGCACCCGGGGGCCGGCCACAGCCAGGGCCACCGGGCCCCGGCCGACAGCCUGGGCCCCAGGCAGCUGCCCCAGCACCCCCAGCUGCAGCCCCAGCAGCAGCCCUGGCUGCUGGGGCUGCCGGAGCAGCGCGAGCAGCAGAAGGCCCUGGCCGCGCUGCGGGACGUGGACGUGGAGGCGCAGUACCGCUACCUGUCGGGCGUCAUGGGGGCGCUCUACCAGGGCGGCCUGGAGGGGGGCUGGAUCAGGGAGUCCCCGCCCGCCAAGACGCCCAAGGUGUCACGCCGCAAGCCUCUCACUACCAGCCGCAUGGUGCCGCCGCCGCCGCCACCGCCGCAGCCCAACGGGACGGGGGCUGACCAACCUGGGGGCGAGGGCGCCGGGCCGCCCCGGCCCGCGCAGGGCGAGGGCGGCGGCGGCUUCGAACCACUGGACCUCUCCCGCCGCACCUCCCCGGGGCCGGACGGAGCGGAGGAGGACGGGGGGGCGGGCGCGGCGGCGGCGGACCCCCUGAACCAGUGCCUGUUCUGCCCGUUCCGCACCUCCUCGGGGGAGCUGAUGGCCAUGCACCUGCAGGUCAACCACACCAGCAAGUCCCGCCGCAAGAGGGGCCCCUCCGGCCCCCCGGGGGACCAGGACGGCCCCGCCAAGCGGCCGCAGCGCGUCGCCCCGGACCCCAUGGCCAUAUGGAGGUACGCCAGCGAGGCCGGCGAGGACCAGGGGCCCCUCGGCGGGAGCCAGGCCCACAACGGGCUCUCGGAGGCCGGGGUGGAGCCGCUGGGCGGCAGGGGCCUCUACCAGCACGGGGGGGCCCUGGCCUCUUUGUCCAGGAAGCUCCAUGGCAACGCAACUGAGCCAGAGGAGAACAGGAAGGGCAAUGAGGAAGAGGAGGAGGAAGAGAUGGAGGAGGAGGAGGAGGAGGAGGAGGAGGAAGAGGAGGAGAGAGAGCUGGAGCCGCCGGAGGAGGACAGCAGCUUGGGGGGGUCGCCGGAGGAGGUGGGGUCCCCGUCGCUGGGGUUCGAGCACUUGAUGAGGGAGGAGGGGGGCGUGGGGGCGGACUAGGUCUGGCGUCAGGGAGAGCAGUGGGCGGUGGUGAACGGUUUUUGAACGGAAGGAAGAAGAAGGAAAAAUGGCGGAACUCUAAAAGCGCGAUGAGAAGUGAUCAGGGGAACGUAGUGCUGCCUGAGGAUUCAUGUUCACAACCUUUUUAGGGAGAAGAGGUAAAACAAGGCCAAGCUAAAUAUUUAUGUUUAGUUUCCCAUCAAAUAUUUACUCACAUUAUGACAGUGUUGUCCUCACAAAGGUUGUCCUCACCAACAGUUAUUCUCACGUUCAGGACAUUUUACACUUUCCUUUUGGUCCAAUUGAAUUUUACCCCAAGAGGGCUCAUCUUAAGUUAAGGAAAAUGUCUGCAACAAACAUGUUAAAUGGUGCUUGAUUUGCCACAGCCCUUCCAGGUAAUACGGGCAUUUCAAAACACUCAUAAUUGAUGUUAUUGUUAUAAAUUAUUCAUUAUUACGGUUGACUGCUGUACUGUUAAAUGUGUCACUGAUUGUGACAUAGUCAGGUGCGAACAAGCAUGCCCUUCUCGAUUGGACAGUAAGCCACUGCUCUGUCAUAACGAACCGAACGAUUGGUUGGAAGGAAAACAGCAGAUGUCCUGAGAUUGGUAGGAAAAAAAAGCAAGAAUAGUUAAGGAAUGUUUUGUUAAGUGACUUUCGAAAAAGCCAACCUCAGCUUUACUGUUCAGUAUUCUCUCCGCAUGAAAGAGGCGGCCAUGUUAAGGACGAUGACCUUCUUGUUCAGAUUCACCUAUACUGUAAAUCCUGACUGUGUUUGUCUUAAAAAAAAAGUGUUUCUAGAAGUUUGAGAAGAAGUGCGUAGAUGAACGAGCAGUUUGUGUAGAUCUUUUUAGUUGGCUAGCUGUUAUAGUGGCUGUUAUCGUGCACCGUCGAGGGAGAUUGUAGACCGCUAUCGGGUCGACGCUCUGGUUGGAUGUUUUAUCUGAAUAUACAGUUUUAAAAGAUAUAAGUAUAUUGGACGGAAAAUGGUUAUUGGAGUGUUGUGAAUAGUGAAACUUUUAGAGCAUUAUGCGAGUUAUGAAAAACUGAAAAAAGACAAUGGACGGAGCAGCGCCUACCUGCGAUGGGGAGCUAAAUUAUUAAGUGUUGAAAGCGUGUUUGCAGUUUGAUAUCCAUCGCAACUGAGGUUGGCAGAGAUUCAUACGUUGAACGAAAUCAAAAAAUCCAAGCGUAACUAAACGAAGAACGAAACAGCGGAGACCAGCUGAAGGAAGACGCUGGAAUGUUUUCGCUGACGUUUAUGAUCACAAUGGACUGACACGCUCGUUUAAGAGACGGAAACUCUGACACGAGGAAGAAAACGGACUGUAAACAUGCAUCCAUGUCCCCGCGCGGGACUCAAACUAAACAUACUCUUGGUAUAAUCUAGACGAGUAGAUUCCCCUAACCUCUUGCUUUUAUUUGAAAAGAAAAAGACAAUGGUAGGAGGGAAAUCAUUAAAAACACUAACAGAAAUCAUAGACCUCCCAGUAGAAUAUGUGUAGCUUUUGUAAAAACAAGAAAAAGAAGCAAAGAUGAAAAAACGCAGAAAAAUACUUUUUAUGUUUUAUUUUUUAUUUCAAGAUGCUUACAAAAAGAGGUUAUGAUAUAGUUAUUAUUGAUUUUUAUGUUUUUUGAGCUAAGACUAGUCGGAAUGUCGAUACAGAGCACUGUGCAAAGUUUUAAGUUCCCAAAGUAGAUUGUUCUUCUGUUUUGAUCGUUGUCUUUAUCGAUAUACCAAACUUUUAUUUUGAAAAUACUCACUUCCGGGGUGGCUAGCAGUGAAAUGCUGUGGUUUGACCCUCAUUAACGACCAUGUUAAUCAACCGAUGAAGCUCAAACCGUGGUAUCCAUACAUUUAAAAAUAGUACUUUUACUUUCCAUUGAAACGGAAAUAUUAAUGACAAUGCACUAUUAAUGUCGAUUAUCACCCUUUUAAAUAUACUGCCAUUCAAUAUCUCAACACAUGCAUAGAGAGCAUGUCGAGCAUCGAGACUCAAAGGCAUGUUCCUGAUGUUUGAGUCGACAUCGUCCUCCAUAAUGAAGAGUGAGACUCGGUGACUCCUCUCGCUAACUUCCCAGCCUAUUUGUUAUGAAGGGGUAGCCAAGGAUUGUGACCGCCGCCUUACGUGAAUCUGUCGUUUACUUAUUUCUUUCAAAUGUGCAUUAUUAACUAUUGUCUUUUUCUCUCGGUUAGAGCACCUUAAGUUGAGUUUAGUUUCUCGGUGAGACGUCCGUGAGUGGUGUCUGCUUCACGACUGCUGUCUACGCCGCUGUGCCUUCUGUCUCAAAACACUUCCUGGUGUAUAUUGUAAACGCUCACCAAAAGCACUUAGACUAUAUCUUUUACACACUCUUUGAUGCUCUCUCUCUCUCUCUCUCUCUCUCUCUCUCUCGCUCUCUUACUCUCUCACCAUUUCUCUCCCUAUCCCGCCUCCCCCUUUAUUUAGCAUGCUGCUGUUCUCUCUGAUCACUGUUGCAUUGACCCUCCAUUUCUAAUCCUUCUCCCUUCCCGUUGUCCUUUCUUGUGUUCUUCCCCACACCAUGUUCUCGAUGGUGGAAAUACCUUUUACAUUGAAGAUGAAUCUUCACCAAUCAGGCUCUUUGGCCUUUAAACCUGACCACUUAAUACCCACUAGCAUAGCUAGACAUUUCUAAAACAAUGGUUUGGAAAACCUUUUGAGUUCAAUUCCUAAUUCUACUACUUGCUUACUAACCUUUGGAAGAAAAGAAAACAACCAAAGCCCAAGUCUAAAGACUGAAUAUUUGAAUAUUUUAUUUAACUUCACAAGGUGCCAAAACACGUCCAUAGCGACUCUAAAAUGUUUAACCCUUUGGAAAUGCACAUGCAUCUACCAACUUUAUGGUUUUGUUGUCUUAAUUUAAUUUGAGACAUCUUACUUGCUACUCUCUCUCUCCCUCUCUGAUUCUCCAUCCCAAAGCUUGUCUGUUAUGUAUCUAUCUAUCUCUCUCUCUCUCUGUCUCUCUCUCUGUCUCUCUCUCUCUCUCUCUCUCUCUCUCUCUCUCUCUCUCUCUCUCUCUCUCUCUCUCUCUCUCUCUCUCUCUCUCUCUCUUUCUAGUCUGUUAUGUGUAUCUCUCUCUCUUUCUCUACCACUUUAAGGUGGCGCGUACUAUCUGGUAUUGAGGCCUUUAUUAGAGUUUUAUUUCAAUUUGAUGUGGUAUUCAUUCAAAUGCCGUUGAGAUGGGAAAAAGUGAUCCUCUUUAUAAUGAUAAUUGUUGUUGUUUUUAUUUUUGUUUUGCAUUAUGGAGAAAAACAGACAAAAAAAUACAAGAGAAAUGUGUUGUUGAAUGUUGUACAGAUAGCGCUAGAGACGUGUUUUUUAAAUGAGAGGAUAUAAACCUGGCCUGUGGUCGCCCCGCCCCUCUGACCCCCAGCUUUCUGUAAGAAUCAGAUAUGACUAAAACGGCCUGUCACUCACUGAUAGGUGAAACUAUGCGAAACACAGCCUGUCACCCACUAGUAAUGUAUCAACCAUUUAAUCAAAUGAUUUGAGAAACAAGUUCUUUCAACAACAACAAACAACUUGUCGAUACUACACAAAUACAUUUUUGUGCACGGCUGAUUUUAUGAUUUGACGACCAUUCUUGACAUUGCACCUUAUCGCUGUAUCUUUGGUCGCUCCUUUUCUUGCCGCCAAACGAUACUUUUACAAUCAAGUGCGUAUUAGAAGUUGCCUCACUAAUGAAAGUCGGUAUGAAGACUAUUCUGAGAGGGGAGGGGGACCAGGCUGGGUUUGGAGCUCUUGUGUAGUUGAGCGAGGAGAACUCAAUCUAACCUUAGUAGUGACUAAUAUUGUGGAAAGAUGAAAAAAAAACACAUUAGAAGUAAAUAAACACAAACAAAAUCA